GAUCCUCGUGCCAAUAAAUUAAGACGACCCAAGAACCUGGGACUCGGUACACCCACAAGUCCUCUUUAGUCUUUGACAAACUCCACCUACUCCGUACUGUGUAAGGCACUCCGCAAUGGCACCCACCGAAAUCCCGGCCUCCGACCCGGAGAAGCGGGUCCCCACGGACAUCGUCCCCGCCACCACCGGCCCCCUGGACGAAGACGCCAUCCCCUCAAAGCACCACAUCACCGACGAGACCGGCGCCCUCGCCGCCUCAGCCCUCGACUCCGCGCCCCUCGACCCCGCCGAGUCCCGCUCCAUCCUCGCCAAGCUCGACAGGCGCAUCCUCCCCUUCCUCUGCAUCACCUACGCCCUGCAGUUCAUCGACAAGACUUCUUUGGGGUACAGCUCCGUCUACGGCAUCAUCAAGGACAACAAGCUCGUCGGGCAGCAGUACAGCUGGGCCAGCUCCAUCUUCUACUUUGGGUAUCUUGUCGCGGAGUACCCCGGCGUCGCCGUCCUGCAGAGGUUCCCCGUCGCCAAGUUUCUGGGCGUGAAUAUCGUGCUCUGGGGUAUGAUUCUCAUGACGACCGCGGCGUGUAGCUCCUUUGCGGGGCUGGCGUCGGUUCGGUUCCUGCUAGGUGUCACGGAGGCGACCAUCUCGCCCGGCUUCGUGGCCGUCACGGGCAUGUGGUGGACGAGACAGGAGCAGGCCGGCCGCUCGGCGCUGUGGGUUUCGUUCCUGGGCGUUGGCAGCUUCGUCGGGACCUUGCUGGCGUACGGCAUCGGGCACAUCACGGGCUCGCUGUCGCCGUGGAAGUACAUCUUCCUGAUCCUCGGCGCCAUGACCGUCGUCUGGGGCGUCGUGUUUACGAUUUUCGUGCCGGACGGGCCUGCAAAGGUGACGUGGUUGACGGAGAGGGAGAAGAUCGUGGCCGUGCAGCGCGUGGCGGAGAACCAGACCGGUACGGGACGGAGCAGGACGUUUGUCAAGGCGCAGGUUAUUGAAGCGGCGAAGGACCCGGCGGUUAUUAUCUUGGGGCUGAUUUCGUUUGUGAAUGCGAUUGCGUCGGGAGGGUUGGCGUUUGGGUCGUUGAUUAUUCAGGGGCUUGGGUUCAGUCCGCUCAACACGACGCUUAUGAACCUGCCGCUUUCUACCGUGCAGGUUGUCACGCAGCUUGGGGCCGGGUUCUUGAGCAGCAAGAUUAAGAGUUCGAGGCUGCACGUCGCAACCGUCGCCAUGAUCCCACCGAUCAUCGGAACCUGCCUCAUCAACCAGCUCCACGCAGACAACAAAUGGGGCCGCCUCGUUGGCGUCUGGCUGCUGGGCUCCUACCCCGUCGGCUUCAUGGUCAUCCUCGGCCUGCUCUCGACCAACAUCGCCGGCAGCACGAAGCGCUCCGUCGCCUCGGGCUGGGUCUUUGUGUGCUACUGCGUCGGGCAGAUUGCCGGCCCGCAGUUCUUCAAGAGCACCGAGGCGCCCGCGUACCACAGCGGCAUCGUGGCCAUGCUGUGCGGGUUUAUUCUCAACCUAGUCCUGAACCAGAUCCUGCGUUUCAUAUAUGUGUUGGAGAAUAAGAAGCGCGAUCGGAUGCUGGAGGGUAAGUCUGAGGAGGAGGUCAAGGAAAUGCAGAGGGAGGGCGAGGUGCUUGGGUUCGAGGACGUGACGGAUAAAGCGAAUCCCAUGUUCCGAUAUGUUCUUUGAGCGAGGAUAAAUAUCGAGAUGCUCAUGACUGAGGGAGUCUAAUGUUCGGAUGGUUCGCGAGAAGUUGUUGGGUGCAGUGGAUGAACAUUUCGAAGCCGGAUUAAACAUAGUCUAAUGAUAACGUCUUAAUGUUUAAGUUCUAUCAGAGAAUUCCACUCGCAGAUCCUCUUCAGGUACCACUGCAUUCUCUAUCACUUCAACCAAGACUCCCAGGGUUCAGGAUCUUCCAAUCCGGAUGCCGGUAAUCCUCUCUCGACUCGUCAAACGGCCCAAUAUGAGGCUUCACCAACUCAAAAAGCACUCUAUACCCUCCACCCCCCAAAUGCAGCCCAUCCGGGACUAAAACUUCCAGCCCA